AUGUCCAACCGACACUUCAUCAACGACCCCCAACACCUCGUCCUCACAUCCCUGCAAUCCACCACCCUCCUCAACCCCGGCGUCGCCCUCGACGCCCACAACAAAAUCGUCUACCUGCGUCCCGGCUACGGCCAUGCCUCCUCCUCCUCCAACCAAAGACAAAAAGUCUCCCUCAUCUCCGGCGGCGGCUCCGGCCACGAACCUUCCUUCUCCAGCAUGGUCGGCCGCGGUCUCCUCUCCGCCUGUGUAGCAGGUACUAUCUUCGCUUCCCCCUCUGCCGAACAAGUCCGUACAGCGAUCAUGGGGCGGGUUGAAAACAACGAGCCCUCCUCCUCCUCCUACUCUCCUGAACAUGGACAACAACAGGGAGGAGAGGAUGCGGGCGGGGUCCUGGUGGUAGUCAUGAACUACACCGGCGACGUGCUCAACUUUGGCCUAGCCGUAGAAAAAGCCAAAGCCGCGGGGGUGAACGUGGAGAUGGUGGUUGUCGGGGAUGAUGUCGGUGUUGGACGGACUAAAGCUGGGAAAGUAGGGAGAAGAGGCAUUGCGGGGACGGUGUUGGUCCAAAAGAUUGCGGGAGCGUUGGCUGCGCAGGGACGGAGUCUGAAGGAGGUGACAAAGGUGGCCAAUUUGGCGGCGCAGAAUAUCGUCAGUGUCGGCGCCAGUCUGGAGCAUGUGCAUGUUCCGGGGAGAAGGGCGGAGGCGGAGGGCGCCGAGUUCAAGGUGUUGAAGGAGGGCGAGGUGGAGAUUGGCAUGGGGAUUCAUAAUGAGCAAGGGAGCAGUAGGGAGAAGGGGAUUGGGUUGCCGGAGUUGGUGGGGAAGAUGCUGAAGCAGUUGCUGGAUCGGAACGAUGAGGACAGGGCGUUUGUGAAUGUGAAUUCGAAUGAGGUGGUGCUGUUGGUGAACAAUCUCGGUGGUGUCAGCCCGUUGGAGAUGGGCGGGAUUGUCACCGAGGUGGUGACGCAGUUGGCGGAACAACCGUAUGGGAUCAAGCCCGUGAGGAUCCUGAGCGGCACGUAUAUGACGAGCUUGAAUGGGUUGGGAUUUAGUAUCUCGCUGUUGAAUGUGGUUAACACGGACAUUGGCGGACCGGGCAUGAUUGACCUGCUGGAUUACCCGUCUGAGGCGACGGGUUGGACAGCGCCCAUCUCCAAGCUGACUUGGGAGGAGCAGCGGGAAAACAAGAAUACCCGGGAGAAUGAGGUCAAGUCCGAGGAGGAGGUGAGGCCUUGUGGUCUAACGUAUGAUCCCCAGGAGGCGCAGAAGCAGCUGGUUGCCGGUCUGAAGGCUGUCAUCGCCGCCGAACCGGAUGUGACCAAGUACGACACCAUGGUGGGUGAUGGUGAUUGCGGUAUCGGUCUGAAGCGCGGCGCUGAAGCAAUCUUGUCGCAUCUCGACUCCAACCCCCUAACAGGCGAUGCAGCCAUUGACCUCGCCAAGAUCGUCACCGUAGUCGAGCAAACCAUGGAUGGUACCUCCGGUGCUCUCUACGGCAUCUUCCUCAACGCUCUGGUCGCCUCUCUCCACACUGUCGGUGGAGGGGAGUCGGACAAGAAAGCUGCUGACGAAAAUGCCUGGGCCGCAGCACUCAAACUGAGCUGUGAGGCCCUGUCCAAGUAUACGCCCGCUCGUCCCGGUGACCGCACCCUGGUCGAUGCCCUCUAUCCCUUUGUCGAUGCGCUCGAAAAGACCGGUGAUGUGAAGAAGGCGGCCGAGGCUGCCAAGCAGGGAGCUGAGGGCACCAAGGGUAUGAAGGCCAAGCUGGGCCGCACCGUCUACAUUGGCGGGUCUGGAUUCGAGCAGGUGCCGGAUCCGGGUGCUUGGGGAUUGGCAAAGUUCUUCCUUGGACUGGCUGGAAUUGAAAAGUCUGAUGAUUCCAGUGCUAAGCAGGCCAAGGGAUCGGAUGAUGGAUGGGAGGAGGUUACAAGAGAGGCGGAAUUGCCGUAAGAAUGGCGCUGUAUGUGAUCAUGAUAUACCCCUAGGUAGUUAGUUUGCACCGCCAUUUCAAUGUGACGUACCAGAAAAACCAUGGAGAAUCAUCCCGUUCAAGCUUUAG